AUGACAGGCCUUGUGGAGGACGCUUGGAUCAAUGGCCAGGCAGCGAGUCACGAUGUCUCCGAGCUCGAGGACUGCGCGAUCGCUAUUGAUGCGACAUACUACCUACAACUCUUUCUCGACACCCCCCCUUUCCACGAACCGCUUCUGCCCGCCCUCGGUGGCAUGACUGGCAUCGAACACCAUCUACGAGCUGAUAUCGACCAAUGGAAGGCCCACAAGAUCGUUCCCUUCUUCAUCUUCGACGGCCAGUCUGUAACUGGCCAGGAGGAGGUUGCUGUCCAGCGCGGAAAGGCCGCCAACCAGAAGACGGAUACGGCCUGGAACCUGUACUUUAACAGCGAGGCGCAGCAGGCUGUCGAUUCUUUUGGCGCCAACAGUGGCGCCUACCGCAUCCAAAGUCUCUACCCCUUGCUGAAGUCGAUUCUGAAGGAUAACGAUCUUCACUUCCUUGUCCCUCCUUACAACGCCUCCGCCCAGCUUGCCUACUUCGACAUGAUCGACUCGGACCAAUGUGCUGCCGUCAUGGGCUCACAAGAGCUGCUCCUGUACCCGAUCAAGGACACACUGAUUCGCACAAUAGAUUGGGAGGCAAAGACUGUGACGUCGCUUUCCAAGAAGAACCUCCUUCGGUCGCUGAACAUCAGCGAAGGCAUGCUCGGCGACGCCCUUCUCAUGACCGGGACUUCGUUUUUGCCACCCUUUCCCCCACUCCAGGACACGUCACUCAACCCUCGCCAGCCGUUCACAAUCAACGACGCCGUGAAUCUGCUCAGAGCAUCAGAAAAGUCCGUUCAAUCGGCCUGCAGCUCCUACGGCGACAUUCUCAAGAAACAGGACGCCAAUUGGUUGGACAAGUACAGACAAGCCAAGAUGGCGGUCAACCACUUCAUCUACAUCGCCGAGGACGGCGAGAUCAAAGUCAACGAUUUCGACCAUAUCACAAGAGACAACCACGAGUAUCUCGGUCUUCAGCUACCUGGAGAACUGUUCCACUACCUCAACACUGGCCUGAUCGGCUCCCGCGUUCUCGAUUAUAUAACACAUAGUCGAAUCGUCGUGACGCCGACCCUGGACGGUGUCGCAUCAGAGCAGUACAAGAAGCUGGUUACCAGCCAGAUUGUCCCUCUCAAAGAGCAGAGCAUUGCCCUACUCAUCCCUCGACUCCACCGCGGUCUACAGCAUAACGCCAUCACCAUGAAAGUGUGGUUUGACGACAGCUUCUCUUACCAGAUUAACAAGUCUCUCCAGCCAUCUCCGUCUCAGCGCGCCGCCACCUGGGACGUGAAGGAAAGCUCCUUCAAGACUGUCGCCGAUGAUGUUGCGGACCCCCCUGGCUCUAUCGCCUUUGAGAUUCUGGCUUUACUGUUUCCCGACUUCGUCAAGGGCACCUUCCCCAAGGAUAAGAAGCGUAUCGGUGGUAUUGAUUCCAUUGAAAACAUCACCGCAGUGGCUAUUUGGAGAUUCCUUCAUCUCCGUGGCUAUGUGGACGAUUCGCAUACCCUCACCAACUGGGGCAACGCCGUUGCCAGCGCAAUCUGGGCGAUGAAGGACUCCCUCAAGGAGCUGCAAAUCCCCGAGGGCCUCAAUAUUUUCGAGGCUAUCUUGUCUGCGUUCGAGCUCAUCAGACACGACGUGCUAAAUGCGCGCCAUCGACAUGAGGAGCUCAAUGGUGCCCCAAUGACUGGCAGUGACGAGGACAAGGCGAGUAUCCUUCUCAUUAGUCGAUGUGCCUCGCUUUUGAAACUUCGUCAUGAAUCCAACGGAUAUACCGGCCCGCUCAACAAGAACCUGCUGCUGUUCCGGUCACUUUCCACUGCUGUCCGCGAGGCGGACCGUGAUCUUGUUGAGGCCAUCGUGGCGUCUAUGUUCUUGUACGCUCAGUCCAAGAGAGAUCGAACCGAUUAUCUACAAAUCAGCCAGGCAUUGCCGUUCCUUCACAACCCUGACAUCGCUCUGGGUAUCGCGGUUAAAACACUCAUGGAUGAGCUUCCUGCCAGCGAGAGCGUGGAGAAGCGUCAGGCCAGAAUCAAUGACUUUCCUGGGAAAUUUUUCCCUUAUGCUACCAACUUCAAGGACGAUGUGCAAUUGGCGUUCGCUUUCUUCGAGGCUAUCCACAAGGGUGUGCAGACGCUCAACAAGGAGGUCUCGGCGGCCGACAAGGCUGUUUGGUCAACAGCAAGCAAUUAUCUGGACCAGAGACGAUUCUAG